AGAAAAACAUGUUUAUUCAAAUUUUAAAGUAAAAUCUAUUAGUAGCUGCAAGAACAUAUACACUAUUAUUAAUCGAUCACCUACUUUGCAAACCGAUCUGAAUUUGUACACUGCUGUCAGCAUCUUUCAGGACUUCAAUUAUUGGAGAGAGGAAACAAGUGUUCCUUUUUUGGUAGCCAUGCUAACAUGUAGAAACCCCUCACUGAUAAGAAUGGCAAGUUCCUGCAGUUUGAACAGGAAACCGUUUAUGAGGGUUUCUUCUUAACCGUCCACUGAUAUAAAUAACAACAAAACAUUGAGCUGUGAAGUUUAUUUCAAAAUGGACCUACUUGGUGUUUAGGAGCAGUGAUGUGUUAAUGUUUAGGCAGUACAAAAUGAAAGGAUGAUCGAAGGAAGAAGAGAGAAAAGGGUAAAUCCAUUACAUGUGGAGCACUCUGGAAGAAUACAUUAACUACUGUGAUGCUGAUUUGUUGAAUAUGGUGAAAUGCAGAUGAGGUGACUUGUAUGCUGAAAAUGCAUACACAUACAAGGUGCUUGUUUAUGCAUGAUGCUUUGUGGAUGUUAAAGAUAAUGAUUGAAGGAACAGAAAGUCUGGAGAAAUCCGUCUAAUAGAAAUGGAUGUGCGAGAUGAACAAAGAACAUGACAACAACACAAGAAACAAGUGAUAUUGUGUGCAUGAAAUGCUCCUGCGGGAACAAUGGAUCCGAGCUAAGUACGAGAGGAAGGAGUUUAUGUGUGUGGAGAAACAGGAGCCCUACUCGGCAGGGUACAGAGAGGGGUUUCUAUGGAAACGAGGCAGAGACAACGGACAGUACCUCAGCCGCAAAUUUAUUCUGUCCGAACGGGAAGGCGUUUUGAAGUACUUCAACAAGCAUGAUGCCAGAGAACCUAAAGCGAUAAUGAAGAUCAAUACCGUGAAUGCCACUUUCCAACCAAUAAAAAUCGGCACUGCCCACGGCCUGCAGAUAACCUAUUUGAAGGACAACAGCACUAGGAAUAUCUUUGUUUACCAUGAGGACGGAAAGGAAAUGGUGGACUGGUUCAAUGCCAUCAGAGCAGCCAGGUUUCACUACCUGCAGGUGGCUUUUCCUGGAGCGUCCCAAUCUGAUCUGUUGCCAAAGCUAACCAGAAACUACAUCAAGGAGGGUUACAUGGAGAAGACUGGUCCGAAGCACACAGAGGGCUUCAAGAAGAGAUGGUUCACGAUGGAUGACAGGAGGCUCAUGUACUUCAAAGAUCCACUGGAUGCCUAUGCACGCGGUGAGGUGUUCAUUGGAAGUAAGGAAAACAGCUACACUGUGAUUCCCGGCCUGCCGGCAAACACCCAGGGCUACCAUGGGCAGUUUGGAAUUACUAUAGUGACUCCAGACAGGAGGUUUCUAUUUACAUGUGAAACUGAAGGGGAUCGGAAAGACUGGAUCGCUGCAUUACAGACUGUUAUCAACAGACCAAUGCUUCCUCAGGAGUAUGCAGUGGAGGCCUAUUUCAAGCACAAACCAUGACUGUCCUAGUGUUUGAAGAACUGUUGAGGAGCAGGCAGUGGAGCUGGAGAAAGAGAGGGACCUGAGAUAUGUGCUCGAGAUUUCAUAAUAGGAGCCUUUAUAAAAAAAAAAAUAAGGGCGACAGAAAAAAAUGACCUAAAGGUGAGAUAGUUUUCCUAAAGUGGCUCCUUUUACUCCACCUGCCAUCCUGCUCAACCUCACCUACAUUAUGUGCCAGACCUAUUUCAUAGGUAGUCCAAAUCACUCCUAAGUUCAUGAAUGUUAACCAAACUCACUCAUAUGUUAUGCGACUCAUACUUGAAAGAGGUCAGUCAUCCUGACCUGAAUGUGCAGAUGUUAUGUGCAUGACUUGUUUGUAGGAAUCAGAAUUGCUGCUGCUCGGAUCUCAAAAGUUUCUCUGUUCUCAGUAAUACAGUAUGAUAAACAUAAUGAAUACUUAAAUAAUUCCAAUGUUUAAUACAGCCGAAAUAACAACUACAUGUACAAACUGUUCCCUUUUAGACAAUUAUGUGCAGACUAACAUGUCAGUAGUAAGGAAUAAUACAUAUAUGGUCAGCAGUUACUCAUUUUUUUUCUUGUAUGGGUAUAAUGAUAUUUAAUUCUUAAUGUAUUUAUUUUUUAACUGUAUAACAUCCUACAUGUAGUUUGUAAAGUUAGUGUAAGCACUGCACGUAUAACAAACUAUUGUGCUAUGCUGUGCCUUUUGUACACAUUCAAGCAGCUGAAUGUAAACUGCUUUGUGUGACGUUUAUUAUCACAAGAAAUGACUUGCAUUCCUUUUUGUCUCUUUUGUAAAAAAAACAAAACAACAGUAGCAUUUAUUUAUUUGAAUGCCUAUGAUUAUUUUUCCAGCAAAGGGCGACAGAGGAGCGAUUUUAAAAUGUAUUUUAACUCUCCGCAUCCAAUGUACACUCACAAACUCCAGUAGCUCAUUAACCUCGUCAAACCAGUGACUGUUGGUGUGCACAUUAAAAUAUUUGUAUAAAUGCUGAAGAGAAAGGCAUUAAUAUGUUUUUUUUAGCAGUAUUACAAUGAGCCUGCCAUACUUAUGUUCAAACUAUGUGAGCAUGCAUCAGCCUUGCUUCAACAAUAAAUCUUCACCACACAUAAUGUUUCGUAACUCUUGCUCUGAACACUGAAAUGUGUUCACUAUUUAAAAGGGUAAAAAGCCACUUUACCUUUUGUUUUUAUUGAAGUUAACUUUCAGUUACAAGAAAGAAGUUGCACAUUGAAAAGUAGUAAAACCAAAAAUUAGUACAUUACCCUGAACAUCAAGAUUGGAAAAAGGUACAGUAAAUACUGUUCAGAGAUAUUCAGUUUCAAUGGUUUCUAUGUCUAAGAUGAAAUCUACCAAAGCAA